AUGAGUGAUACAAACAUAGAGGAAGAGAAGAAGGUCGUGAUGGAAGACACUUUGAGACGGCUAAAUAGUUUUUGGGCCGAAAGAGCAGCCGAGCAUGGGUCUACCUCUAACUUCGUGGAAUUUCUUCAUAAAGGUCCAGAAGAUGAUGCACUCGAGCCCGAUGAAGUAGAGUUGACGCCAAGUGAGAUGGAUGAUUCGAAGGUGGAAGUCCAAUACCCAUUGGUGGAAAUCAACUUGGGGACGAAAGACAACCAUCGACCAAUUUACGUUAGGUUUAAUGGAGCCAGAAUUUCGAGCCAAGAUGGAAGAGCUUUUUAG